GGCGACGUCACCUGCGUAGCUACGGCAGGAGGCGGAGCAACACUACAGGGAACGAGUCGCGUUUACAACAAGAUCCAAUGGAAAUGCGCCGUGACUCAGAGCGAGGCUUGGAAUGCAAAGCUGAGCCGCGUGUGUUGCCUGGGUUAAGCCUAGUUCUCCCGUGCUGCCCGCGUGCGCUUUAUAAUUGUUACCGCUGCUGGUUCGGGGUAUGUGAGGCUGUGAGAACAGGAGCCGCACCUGGAUUCUGUCUCACAGUUGAAAUGUACCUAUGACGGAAAUUACAGACCUCUCUCAUCUUUUUAAAGUACUAUGGAGACACCGGAGGAAAUUACUUUAGCUGACCAGGCUGCCAGUAUUCUACAGAGCAAUGUUAACCUCUCUGUAUGUCAAGAUGAAAAAACAUCUGUAUCAGAUUCAGGCUCUUCUAACAAAAGUCUACUAUCUGGAUGCAAUAAUGAUUUCAUACAUUGUAGCUCAGAAGAAGAAAUGUGUGCUGAUGCCCAGGUUGUAUCUGAAGAAGCAGUUGGUGCAAUUGAUAAUAGAACUGUGCAUAAUAAUAAUGGAAUGCAGUUACCUUCCACAGUCUCUGAAAAUGAGAAACCAGCUGUCACGGUUCAGUCUCUGCCAUGUGAUCUACAGGCAGAAGUAAUGGAAGUUGAUGAACAGCUAGGAGGUAUGCAUUUUAAAAACCGUAACGUGGGUGACCAUAAUGGAAGUGUUGGAGAAACCGCAUGCCCUCCGUUUUGUAUUACAGUGGACACUAACUUUUCUGCUGUCGGUGUAGAAAGUUCUUCCGGAGAGUCCUCUUCUGACAGUGAAUCUGAAUCAUCGUCCUCUACCUCCUCUUCCUCCUGUUCCCUGAUUUCAGUUCUCAAAGUAGAUGAAGAGGAGCUAUUGGAAAGCAAUUUUGUGCCUUUGAAAUCUAAAGGGGAACUUCAUGUAAAUGAGUUACCAGCUGUUCCAGAGUUGUCCAUUACUCUACCAGAUUCUGUGGAAUUAAAGCCAGUUGGAACGGUUUCCAGCAUUAUUGAACAACUAGUAAUUAUCGAAUCAUUGCGUGACAUUCCCCCACUAAAUGAGGACAGUGUUGUUUUUAAGGAGGAUCGAUGUGCUGCUGGGAAGAUAUUCGAGAUAUUUGGACCUGUUCCACGUCCUUUUUAUGUGGUUCGCUUUAAUUCAGAGGACCAUGUUGAAUCUAGUGGAAUCAAGGUAAAAGAUACCAUGUAUUUUGCUCCAUCCGUUGAAGACUUCACACAGUAUAUCUUACCUGCUGUUUUAAAAAGCGUUAAGGGUUCGGAUGCAUCCUGGACAAAUGAUCAAGAGCCACCAUCCGAAGUAUUAGAUUACAGUGAUGAUGAACAGGAAAGGAAUGCGAAGCAGAAGAAAAAAUUACAGAAUGCAGGAAAGAAGAAGCAGAAAGCAGAAACAGAUAAACCAUCAUCCAGUGCCCAGGAAUCAAAUCAGUUUGGUGGAAAUAAGAAAUAUUCAAGGCCAUAUUCAAGAAAUGAUUCAGCAUCACACUUCUCCGGUGGACGAGGAUCACACCACCUAGAAAAUGCUUAUCACAGACCAUAUUUCCCUCCGAAUUAUCCAGAACAAAAUGUGAUGCAACAGACCUAUCCUUACCAGAAUUCUCAAGAAUAUCAAAUGUCAUUAGAAAAUAAUGGCCAUCCUGCUAGAUUUCAAAGUUUUUAUGGACAUUAUGGAAAUAUGCAAACUCUUCCUCCUCCUCCCCCCCUUCCUGCUCCUCCUCCUUCUCAUCCUCCACCACCAAAUAUGAUUUGGCCUGGACAGAACAUGCAUUUUCCUUAUAUGCAGAACUCACAAUUUUACUUGGUUCCACCACCACCUCCUCCUCCUCCCCCGCCUCCUCCCAGCACUGGAGAUGCUGAUUGUUCCAAUUGUAAUCAUUGAUCGCUUCAGUUCCUUUUGUUUAACCAACACUGAAAAGCUAGAGGAGAUUUUUUUUUCAUUAAAUCCUGUAUAAAUAGUGUCAUUUCUAUUUACAGCAAUGUAUACAUUUUUUAAAUUACUUUACCUCGUGUUUCUGUUUAGAACUUGUGAGGUAAAAUGUAUAAAUUGGUCCAUUGUUUCUAUAGUAAUAGUGGUCUACAAAUUUUUGACAUUUUAUUUUGAGCAUGACCGUAUCUUACAGGACAUCAUUUGUAUCGAGAUUUUUUUUUUUCCAUUUCAAAUAUGUGUCAAUUACUUCAAGAGGAAAUCUUGUAUUCGAUUUUUUUUUUCAUUUUUUUUAUUUAUAACAUUCAAAAGCCAGGACAAUAAAAUGUCCUAUUUUAAUGCUUAAUAAAUUUGUAAUUACAUCUGUAAAUAA